CGUCGCUUACCCAAACCAACCGACAAUAAAUUGAAUCGGAUCGAAUUUUAAACGGGCAUGUCGAUUUGACGAUCGUUUCUACAGUAAAUUUGACAAUAAUUAAAUCCUCUUUUUUCGCGUAAUUUUGGAAGAGAGACUUUAAUUUUUUUCGUGGUUUUGUGGCACGAGGUGGCGCUAGUGGGAUCCAACAGGAUGUGGCUGAUCUGGCGCCUAUGGAGCUUAGUGGUGUGUAUAUGCGUGUGCUCGCUCGCCCAGCGCAUAGACCAAGAGCCCAUACUAUCGCCGCGGCCUGCGAGGGUACGCGAUCGCGAAAUGAAACCCGACGAACCGUCAUGCGACCAGUUGAAAGCUAUGUGGAGGUUUUCGAAAAGGCAAGCGCGUGCCCCGGAGAUAAUGAACGAGGUUACUUCAUACCGCGACCCCCUGAUGUACAACGAAUGGCCGGUUUACACUGCGAUGCCACGUGCUGCACCGAGAUUCAGAUAUCAAUACCCGUCCAUCCCUCGCGAGGCGUACGGCCGGGUCAUUACGAAAGCACCACCUAAUGUCGUACGCACACCUGAUUAUGGAGAGAUGUUCGGCAUGCUGAACGUACCCCACACCUCUGGCAAGAUACUGAGAUACUCUGGACCCUCCAGGCCACGAGGCGGACCCACGUUCAUGGUGCCCCCACAAAGAGACAGGUUCGAAGCGCUGAAGAAGUUGAUUCGACAGGAGCACGUCCGCGAACUGCAGCGAAAAUACGAGACAGAACAAAAGCAGGAACUGAAGGAAAUUGCGGCUGGUCGCGGAAAUGAAGACUACGUAUACGGCACGUAUGGUGAGCAAGAACCAAGUGGACUCCAGCAACUGGAAUAUGCCGGCGAUGAACCCGCCGCAAGACACGGCAAAAAACCACAAGUGGGCAGCCGCCAAGUAUCACAGUUCUCACGCUACUCCGACGUGAUGCUGCCACCAGUUCGCCGCACGUUCUACCACCCCUACUUCGAGUACAUCCCCGAAUACGGCCCAUACUACUAAACUCCGCAGAACAGCCUUUGAACAUCCACGAACGAAUCAGAACAUUCCAUACAGGACACUCCUUUACGUACAAAACCUUCUCUGGCUUUAAAAACUCAAAUUUAUUAUCAUAAUUAGUUACGAGUAUAUUUAGGGAACUGGAGGCAAUUUGUGAAACCAUUUCUAAAAUAAUAAUUAAUGUUUAGUUAGGCUGCGC